AUUCAAAUGAAGACAGAAACGGUUUGAAAGCCAAAGAACUGGAGACAAGCCAACUGUACGCUUGCAGUGAUGAAAAAAGAGACUUGGACUUGGACUUGGACUUGAAAAAAAUAAAAUAAAAAUUUUCAGGGCCCAAAAAUGAAGCGAAAAGGUCAAGAUAUCAGGACUUUUUUCAAGAAAAGGUCAGUCAACCAGAGGGAGACAGAAGAGGUGGAGACACAGAAAGACAGUCAGAGUGUGGAGGAGGAGACACAGAAAGUCAGCCAGAGUGUGGAGGUGGAGACACAGAAAGACAGUCAGAGUGUGGAGGUGGAGUCACAGAAAGACAGCCCAGAACCCCCAGAGGACACAACCAGUCCAACAGGUCCACAUGAUAUAUCUAAGCAUCGAGGUGACAGCCCAAGUCAACCAAUCAGGCAGGGAUUCCCCAGAACUCUCCAGGGUGGAGCUUGGAGAAGUUUCCACGUAGAGUGGUACCAAGAACGUCAAUGGCUUGAGUACUCGCAUUCUAAAGAUGCAGCAUAUUGCUAUCCUUGUAGGCAUUUUUCUCUACCUAAUGUCCCCAAGAGUGUUUUUACGUCAGUGGAUGGUUACUCUAAUUGGAAAAAAGCAACAUUUAGGGAUAGUGGAUUUUGUCGUCAUGCUAAAUCUGAGCACCAUGUCAAUGCAAUGCUUGCAUGGGAAGAAGAUAAAAGAAGGAAGGACAACAACACAUCAAUGAUAGUAUUGAUGGAAGCAGAAAAUAGGAAAAAGAUAACUGACAAUCAAAAAUACAUCAAAACACUAGGUGAAAUACUGUGUCUUACAGCAACCCAGAAUAUCGCCCAGCGUGGUCAUAGAGAGUCUUCUGACUCAGAAAACAGGGGCAAUUUCCUUGAGAUUUUAGAACUCGUAAGCAAACAUGACCAGUCAGUUAGGACAAGAUUAGAAGAUCAAGCCAAGAAUGCCAAAUACACCAGCAGCCAUAUUCAAAAUGAAAUGAUAAGCAUUUUAGCAGGGAUGGUCAGGGAUGAGAUUAUUAAAGAGGUCAAAGAAAGUGAACAAUUUUCUGUCAUAGUGGAUGAAACCAAAGAUAUAAAAAAAAAAGAACAAAUGUCUUUUGUUCUUAGGUACUUUUAUAACGGCAUGGUGCACGAGAGCUUUUUAGAGUUUCAGGAAGCAGAAAGGCUGGAUGCUGCAGAUUUAACAGAAAAAAUCAUAGACUGUCUAGAGAGGCAUGGCUUGAAUUACAAGGAAAACUUAGUCGGGCAAGGCUAUGAUGGAGCAGCCGUUAUGAGCGGGAAACACUCCGGUGUACAGGCUAGAAUAAGGGAUGUAGCCAGUCAUGCUUUUUAUGUACACUGCAGUGCACACUGUUUAAAUCUAGUGAUAGUGGACAGUGUGAAAUCUGUAUCUGAGGCAGGAAAGUUUUUUUCUUUGUUGGAACGUCUGUAUGUAUUUAUGUCAGGCUCGUAUGCUCAUGAGAAAUGGCUGAAGGUGCAGCAAGAGAUGUUUAAAGGUGAAGGACCAAGGGAGCUUCAGCGUCUUAGUGAUACAAGAUGGGCGUGCAGGUAUGUAGCUUGUCGGAAUGUGAUGGAUAGGUUGCCUGCUAUUGUGUGUGUCCUUGAAGACAUUUCACAUGAGGACAACCCAGAUAGAGCUGUGGAGGCCAGAGGAAUUCUGCAUCAGAUAGAUCUCAAUUUUAUUGGAUGUCUUGUGGUGUUUAGAAAGAUUUUAGGUGAAUCAAAAUUUUUGUCAGACAUGCUCCAGUCAACAAAAAUAGACCUUACAAAAGCUGUUGAGUUGGCAGAAACACUCCAACAGACUCUCAGGGAAUAUCGCAGUGAGCCCUCUUUUGAGACUGUCUGGGGUGAAGUACUCGACAUAUGCCAAAGUAACAGCAUCCCUACAUCACAGCCCACCUAUCUGCUGAUGGUGUGGGUUUACAUCAGCAUAUGCUCUUCUGCCACUGAAGGUGUGAGCGAUGGCCGUGUGACCAGCAAGGCCACCAAGAUUACCUAA